AAACAAUGACAUCAAACGCUACGUACGUAUUCAUGGACUUAGGGACAGUCAACGAUCCCAAAAAUAAAAAUAUAAAAUAUAUAACGGAAUUAAGCAUGGCAGCGGUCAGAAGAGACAACCUCAUAGAUUCUGGAGAAUUUUACGAGUUUUUGGACGAAGAUGACGAAUUUAAUGGACAUCAAAACACGCCUCCUGUUCCAAGAGUCCAACUCAAACUUACGCUCUGCUUCAACCCAGGCCUAGAAGAGCUACUCAAUGGAGGUUUCUCAAUAACUGAAUUGAAACCAGAAAAAUCUUUUGACGAAUGUUUCGAGUUAAUAGACAACUUUCUUGGCAUUUUAACGGAGCCUGUGUAUUUAGUCGCUCAUAAUGGGUUCGACUUUGAUUUUCCGAUAUUAAAAAGACAUCUAAAGGGCAAGAAAUUUUCAAAAGAUGUUAUGUGUGCUGAUACUUUUUAUGGCUUCUAUGACAUAUUAGAAAAACAAUCAGGAGGUAUUGAUGCGGGCAUAGAAAAUACCACAGUCCAACUUGCUAAUUCAAAUUUAGAUGAUUCGCCAGAAGGAAGUAAAAAACGCUUGGAAAACCUAAGACAGGCGAAUGCUGAUAGAGUAAAGAAAAAUAACGGAUUUCCAUGGGGUAAAAAGAAAAAUAGACCUGCAAAAAGCUACAAAUUGACCGACAUAUACGAAAGAGUGCUGAAAUGUAAGCCUGAAGACGCACACAAAGGGGAUAUCGACUGUCAACUGAUGAUACGCAUUGCUGUGAAAUUGUCUAAGGAGUUUGUGGAGUGGGUGGGGAAGAAUCAUUCGUCAUUUGGGGAUCAUGUGGAACCUGUUUCGGAGGAAAAAUAAAUUUUGGAAAAGGUUAAGGCGACUGCAAACGUUGGAACUUGAGUAAGCCACAAGGCAUAUCUAGUUAUCUUUUUGUCUGAGACUAAGAGACUACCUAAAGCUCUAAUCAAAGGGUUCAACGGCAAAACUGCUAAGGAGCUUCUAAGGCUCAAAAGAUAUAAAACCUGCGCAGUGACUAGAAUAUUGACUGGACACUGUAAGUUGAACAAACACAUGUUCCGAAUUGGGAAGAAACAGGAUGCGACAUGCAGGUUCUGCCAGGAAUCAGAGGAGACUGCAAUGCACAUUCUCUGUUCCUGUGGACCACUAAUGUCAAAAAGAACCACUUAGGGCGGCACAUACUGCAACCCUAUGAGGUACAGAACAUUACGGCCCAAAGAAUCUGGAAUUUUCUGGACUCAACGGGCAUUAGUAACGAACUUUAAAGGGCCGUCACAAUAGAUCACUGCUUGGUCGACGUGACACUCACAGGCCCACAA